GUGAGCCUGGCGGAGUUUGGAUUGCAGGGCGAAGUCUCUCUCGCCUUCGAAAAGGGAGGCGCGUAAAGGCAGUAGUGACAGGCCCCCACGGGAGCCAGAAGCGACUUCGCCUCUCGCCCCUGAGCGGCCGCCGUCUCUCUCUCUCUCAGGAGCAGGAGGUGUCCCUCCUCGCCUCGGCCUGAGGCUCUCGGAGCAUCCUGCUGAGCUUGGUAGCCCGGAGUCGCAGCUCCAGAGGGGCAGCAUGCCGGGUUCAAAAAAGCUAGUGAACACAAUUCUGGGUUGCGCAGACGAUGCAUUGGCUGGAACAGUGGCUUGUAAUCCUCAUCUCCAAAUGCUGCAUGGACACAGAGUGGCAUUACGUGCUGACUUGGAGAAUCUGCGGGGCAAAGUGGCACUUAUUUCUGGAGGUGGUUCAGGACAUGAGCCUGCACAUGCAGGGUACAUCGGGAAGGGAAUGCUCACUGGAGUGGUAGCUGGUCCAGUAUUCACUUCACCUGCAGUGGGUAGCAUUUUAGCAGCAAUUCGGGCUGUGAAGCAAGCUGGUGCAGUUGGGACGCUGCUAAUAGUGAAGAACUAUACUGGGGACCGUCUGAACUUUGGGCUGGCAUUGGAACAAGCACGGGCAGAAGGCGCUUCUGUGGAGAUGGUGGUUAUUGGUGACGACUGUGCCUUUACCAAACAGAAGAAGGCUGGCAGGAGAGGACUAUGUGGCACAGUGUUAAUACACAAGGUCGCUGGGGCUCUGUCUGAGGCAGGUUGUGGUCUGAGUGCAAUUGCUCGCAAGGUUACUGCUGUUGCACACUCAAUGGGCACCCUUGGAAUUAGUCUAUCACCCUGCAGUGUUCCUGGAUCUAGACCUACCUUCCAGAUUGCUGAUGAUGAACUUGAGCUAGGCUUAGGAAUCCAUGGUGAAGCAGGUGUGCGCAGGAUGAAGAUAACAUCAGCAGAUCAGGUUGUCAAAAUAAUGCUGGAUCACAUGACCAGUCACUCCAAUGCUUCACGUGUGCGACUCAAGUCUGGUGCUUCUGUAGUCUUGAUGGUGAACAAUUUGGGUGGGUUAUCCUACCUUGAAUUAAGUGUAGUGGCUGGGUCUGCUGUGCGUUGUCUUGAGAGCAAGGGCAUCCAUAUUGCACGAGUUUUUGUUGGCUCCUUUAUGACUGCACUGGAAAUGGCAGGUGUCUCCCUUACUCUUUUGCUUGUAGAUGAUGAGCUGUUGACUCUCAUUGAUUCUGACACUACAGCUGUUGCGUGGUCACAACCUUCCAAGGUGCAUGUGUCAGGCCGGAAAAGAGUGAGAGAGUCAGUAGCACCCAAGGAAGAGGAGGAGGAAGAGGAGUCUUUUCCAUUUAGAGCACCAGCCACCCCCUACAUGAGAGCAGUUCUAGAGAAGGUGUGCAACACACUGCUGAACCUACAAGAGAAGCUCAAUGAUCUAGAUCGCGCUGCAGGUGAUGGAGACUGUGGCAGCACACAUGCACGAGCUGCCAGAGCAAUCCAGGAAUGGGUGGAGUCAAAACCUCUACCACUGUACCCCUCUCAGCUGCUCUCUGGCCUAGCAAAGUUACUGCUGGAGAAGAUGGGGGGUUCUUCGGGGGCGCUCUAUGGACUGUUUCUAACAGCAGCUGCUCAGCCCCUACGGACUGAUGAUGAAUUGGCAACUUGGUCAGCGGCCGUGGAUGCUGGUAUUGAUGCCAUGAUGCGGUAUGGAGGAGCUGCACCUGGAGACAGAACCAUGCUGGAUUCACUCUGUGCUGCUGCUGAGCAACUCAGAGCUCUGAAGAACCCACAGACUAAUCCACUGAAGGUUCUGACCAAAGCUGUAGAAGAGGCAGAGGCUGCUGCUGAGUCUACAAAACAUAUGGAAGCAUCUGCAGGCAGGGCCAGUUACAUUGGCUCAGCCCGCCUAGAUCGGCCAGACCCUGGUGCUGUAGCAGCUGCAGCUAUUCUUCGUGCAGUGAUGGAAGGAUUGCAGGGCUUUCCACUGAAUCGAGGUAGCUUCAGAAUGGCAACAUGAUGUUCUUAUAGUACCUUGCUUCUAAUACUUCAGGCUCAAGAGCAUCCUUGCAGUGAAUAGUAUCUGGUGUUUCUGUAACCCCAUGCAUAAGUACAGGUCUAUGCUUUAUAUUCUUAGUUUUGAGAUCAUUACUUUGUACUUUAUGAAAUUUGGCUGUAAUAAAGAGUCCUAUCUUUGGAGUUGCUUGUGUUGUCACUCUGCUACUUCACAAUUUUUUGCAGCAAUACCUCCCCACUUAGGAGCUGUUCCUGGAGAUCUUUGAUUAAAGCCAUGCAUUGAUUACAUUUAACAAAACAGGAAGUUUGUACAUCUGUUUCUCAGCUAUGCUGACAGGUUUCUAGACACCACCCUGCUCAUAAAGCCAGGAUGGGCUCUUUUCAUAACACUUCACAGAAGAGAGCUGUGAUUCAGAUAAAUCUGUGGAGGAUAAGAUAAUUCAUGGCUACUAGUCAUGAUGACCAUAAUACCUCCAGUAUCAGAGAUAGUGCCUCUGAAUAGCAGGGGCUGGGGAUCACAAGCUGGAAAAUAUGGCUGUGCCCAGUUCCACAGCACUGGACUAGAUGGGCCUUUAGUCUGAUCCAGCAGGUUUUUCUUUUGUUAGUAUGUUAAUGGCGGGUGGGGCUAGAGGCAAAAGUAAGCAGAGCAAUGGAUUUUGGACACAUUUUGUUUACAUUAUGGACACACAAUUGUCAGAGGUUUCUACACAUAGACCCUCUCCAUCCAGGUAAACAGGAGACAGUAUUAUCUUAGUUCAAGGACACACUCCAGCUAGGAAAAGCACUCAAGGAGAGCAUGGAUCAAGGCUGGUGAUGAGACAUGGCCAAGGGAGAUGUUUCCAUUUGGCUCCUGGCCCUGAGGUUCCCUAGCCCUCUAUACCAGGCAUCCCCAAACUUCGGCCUCCAUGUGUUUUGGACUACAGUUCCCAUCUUCCCUGACCACUGGUCCUGCUAGCUAGGGAUCAUGGGAGUUGUAGGCCAAAACAUCUGGAGGGCCGCAGUUUGGGGAUGCCUGCUCUAUACAAAGAGGAUGCUCCUUUGAAACUACAUUGACAAAACAGUUUCAUGGGAAUAGAUAAGCUCAUCUUUGGCUUGGGGUAAUCCCUGUCCUCAGUAAACCAGGUUUGUACUAGUGGCAGUAACUAAGGAGAAUGAUAUGUGCACACAUACAUACCCAAAUAGGAAAACAGAAAUAUUCAGGCCUUAGAAAUAUUGCACCUUUUAAAAUGUUCAUUCUUAGCUUGCUAAAUUGCUUCCCUUUUGUGUGACAAUCCUGGUAAGUUUAUAUUGCUGUUUCCUGUUGUAUCUCAAAAGGGGGAACGGUGGCUUAAUAUCUAGUUGACAAAUACUGGAAUAAUACAACUCAGCCAAUUUCUUCAUAGAAAGCUUACCUGAUAUUGAAUGGCUUGUCUAGGCAGGGAGAAAUGGUAUUAGGAUUACUGUACUAAGGAGCUAAUCACUUUAUUUGCAAAGAACAUUUGUCAAGAAGCAGAUCACUGAAUGGAACUUUCUAAACAGCAUUAAGGCUGCGAUCCUAACCCUGCUUACCUAGGAGUAAUUCCUGUUCAGAUCUAUAGGAUUUAUUGGCCUUAGACAUGGUUAGGAUUGCACUGCAAGACAAUAUACUGUUCUCAGGUUGCUUCCAGAUCACCUUUUUAAGGAGCACUUACCCACAUCUUUCUGUACAAAGUUUGCAGGGAGUUACAUUAUAUCCACUGUUACUGAGCAUUUGUUUGCCAGGAGGUUGUGCUGUACUACCGCAUGUUGUUCAAGCAAGCAUUACUUCAUACGUUAUAGGACAUUCCCUCCUUUUCUUGCCACAAAAAGUCCAACUUGGGGGUGGAUGUAUGUUGAUAUAUACAGCAAUGUACAAAAUAUAGUAAACACUAAAAGUGAAAUUGGUGCUUUCGCACAAUCCGCCCACAAAAUAGCAACACUGCAGAAGUGCUAUUAGUCCUUUUCAGGUAAAAAUGCCAAACAAGUGUUUAAGACAAGAGACUGAGUACUCUGCUCCCCCCCCCUUUUUUUUGGUCUAGGAAUAGAAGACUAGGCAUGCCCCAACCCUUACCCAACCAAGGUCGCCUCCAGACGACCUGCUUAUUGAACAUUCAAUUUCUUUGUACAAUCCAUCAAGCAUGUGUUAUCCCACCCUUUCCAGUGCUUUUUCCUAUUACUUUCAUUAUCACAAAAGUAUGAUUGUUGAUGGAAAGGUUUGUGGUCGUGCUGUAUCAAAUCAACUUUAAUUGCACAAACUUAGUUUUCAGUUCCCCCUGAAGAUAGCAACAGCAUUCUCUACUGUUUGCCAUAAGUUUCAUAUAUAGAGGCAGCAUGUACAAGAGUUCUGAAACACAUUUGAAACCAAAAUAAUAAUAAAUCAUUGCCUAUUUUAAAAAGGUGGAGACUUAGGAGGAGCUGUUGAUGACUGAAAGAGUAUUAUGUAUGUUUAUAGAUGGGUGUGGGGUGGUGGGGAGGAUUAUUUCACCAAUCAGCGUAUAUUAGACCGUGAUGACCUUUUACCAGUUCUAUCAGAUUGAAGUCUACAAAAAAAAAACAGCAGGCACCAUAUGCUAGGAAUAACUAAGCCAGAUACCAGUACUCUGAAUCAGGUGAUAUCAAUAAGUGUUAUUCAAGUGCAAAUUUAGCUUCAUGCCAAUAAAUACUUCUCAACCAGGAAGAGACCAGUUCCCACUGCUUGUUUCGGUAUGGGAGUCUUUAUGUGGUUAACCAUGGAGAAAGCAAGCUGUCUUUCAUAAGCACUCUCAAACACUACUGACAUUAUAGUACAUAGUUUAUAGUUCCAAAAAUGAUAGAGGAGGUGACUCAACAAAACAAGAGAGAGAAGUCACAAGUAUCCUAUAAAUGCUUGGCCUUGAACUAGGAGAGCUGAUCUCAUACCUAGUUACUAGAAUGGCAGGAUCGAAAUCUCCAUAUAAAAAUUUAAAUAAUUACUUGCCAGCUUAUGUCAGGCUAGUUGAAGAUGAGCUGUUUAGUAAGAAUGCUGGAAAAGGGGAUGUGGUAAAACAGUUCUGGAAUCAUUCAAA